CACAUCUGUCAGUGUCACUGUCACUGUCAAAUGGAUUGGGGUGAGCAAAUGGUCUCUUCUUAUUUGUAAUUUACAACAAGAAAUCUCAAUAAUUUGCAUUUGGUGCAAUUUAAAAGCAAUUACUAUUAAUAAUAUAAACAAUGGCAAACUCUGGAAAAGGCACUUUUCAACCGGACUCAGAUGUUCACAUUUCGUUUGAAGAUCAGCAGAAAAUAAAUAAAUUCGCACGUUUAAAUGCCAAGGUAGAUGACUUUAAAGAUGAAUUGAAAGUUAAACAGAACGAUAUGAAAAAUUUAGAAGAAGCUGUGGAAGAACUUAGUCUUGCAGAUGAUACUGAUAAAAUACCUUACCUCAUUGGUGAAGUAUUCAUUUGUCAAGGACUCGAAGACACUUUGAAAUCAUUAGAAGAUGCCAAAACCCGGAAAGUAAAUGAAAUAAGUGAGCUUGAGGCCAAAUGCGAUGAGUUGAAAUCUCAAAUGGCUGAAUUAAAAGCCCACUUGUAUGGAAAAUUUGGCAGUCACAUCAAUUUGGAGAAUGAGGAAGAUUAAUAUUAGUUCAUUUUGGUUGCUUUGUAUUUGAAUAAAAAAAUACUGCACAUAAUACAAAUAUUUAAUAAGUCAGUAUUAACAUUUUAAAGAUAGUCCAGCUGCUUAAGAUAUUUAAAUAUCACAAACAAUAAUUAUGUAAUCUGGCUUUGCCUGGCUUGUCACAUGUUGCUACAUAGUUCUUUGAAACAAAGCCCUCUAACUGUAUAAUAAUAAAUAUAACACUAAACAUUGAAAAUAAAUAAUAAUAAUUUUAUUUUAUAAUACCCAGUAUAUUAAAGAAUGUAUAAUAGUUCUUUUAAAAUAUAUUUCGCUAUAAAUUAAUAUGACACCAUGUAUCCAAAAAUCAAUUACAAAUUUUUAAGCUGAAAAUGAAAGUUAACUUUUAGAUUAACUAUGAAUAGAAGAUGAAUAUGAAACAUUUUGUUUCACAAAGAGAAAAUAUGAUAAAAUUAAAGCUAAUUAAUUAACUACA